GCUGCCACAGAAGAAGAAGAUCCGGAAGUGGGUCUUCCAAACAGAUCCCGUUGGACCAGAACCAGCGCAGAACCUCCUCCUCCCUCGAACCGUCGCACCUCGGCCGGACCGUGACUCAGCAGGACGAUGGGCACCAGAGAUGACGAGUACGACUAUCUGUUCAAAGUGGUCCUCAUCGGGGACUCUGGCGUGGGGAAGAGCAACCUGCUGUCCCGCUUCACCCGCAACGAGUUCAACCUGGAGAGCAAGAGCACCAUCGGCGUGGAGUUCGCCACGCGCAGCAUCCAAGUGGACGGCAAGACGGUGAAGGCUCAGAUCUGGGACACGGCCGGACAGGAGCGCUACCGGGCCAUCACCUCAGCGUACUACCGCGGUGCGGUGGGCGCUCUGCUCGUCUACGACAUCGCCAAACACCUGACCUACGAGAACGUGGAGCGCUGGCUGAAGGAGCUGAGGGAUCACGCCGACAGCAACAUCGUCAUCAUGCUGGUCGGGAACAAGAGCGACCUGCGCCACCUGCGGGCGGUUCCCACUGACGAGGCCCGGGCGUUCGCUGAGAAGAACGGUUUGUCCUUCCUGGAGACGUCGGCUCUGGACUCCACCAACGUAGAGACGGCCUUCCAGACCAUCCUGACAGAGAUCUACAGGAUCGUGUCUCAGAAGCAGAUGUCCGAGCGGCAGGAGAGCGACAUGUCCCCGAGCAACAACGUGGUGAACAUCCAGGUGCAGCCGACCGAGAACAAACCAAAGAUGCAGUGCUGUCAGAACAUCUAGCCCCUCCCCU